AGUUCAACGAAACCACUAUAAUGCGUUCAUGUGUGGCCAUGCCUGCUAAUCACCUUCCAGCUCUGCUGUUACAUGACAAUAUAAUCUAUGGCAACUCUGGCCUUGGUCAUACUUUUGAGCCAGUAAGUAUGCUUGAUUCAAUAUCACAUGUCAUAAGUGUCGAUCUCCCAUUACCUUCUGUGCUUGUGCCGUGAUCAAUCUUACGAGCUCAACCAAUUGAGUUAUUUUCGGACACUAACACUUAGCGACUCCACAUCUUUAUUGCUUAUACAAACAAAGCUUUUGCAGAGAGCCGGUAUCACACACACUGCACAGACCGGAGACGAUGAUCGACUUUUCUAUACCAUCAGCAAUCGCUCCGAGCGAUCCCAGCUUCAAAGACUCAGAAGUGAUCGGAGAAGUUUCUGCAGCUGUCCAGAUUUUGAGAACCACCGAUCGUCUGCUCAACAUCUACAUCGAAGAUCGAACAAAGGAUCCAUUCGUGAUCCAGGCAAACCUCCUCAAAGCUUGCUCUCCAGUAUUCACAAAGCUGAUUGAUAACGAUUCCUUCAUCGAAGGGCAGGAGGGCAACAUCGUGUUCAAAGACGAUGCGUGGGAAGCCUGGCACUUCUUCUUUCUCUGGUUGCUCAAGCGCGAUAUACCAGCCGCAGAGAUGAGCGCGCCCGAGGUUAUUGAAUGCAUCAUAUUCGCCGAAAAAUACGAGAUCGACGAGUUCCACAAAGCAAUAUCAGUUAUUCUCAUUAAAUUCGACGAAUGGGAUGUGGAGUUUAUUCGGAAGGCUUUCGCACGCACGUUGAGCAGGAAUCUAGUCCGAGCCUUGCUGGCAGCGGAGAUGGUGCUCUGUGUCCGACGAGGUCUAGUGAGCAAGGAGGAUUUGGAAAUUCUGGAUGCAACGCGGUUCAUGCCACUGUAUAUCAGUUUUGCGAACUCCAUCUCGUCAUUGUGGGAGCCAGAACACCCACUCGUACUAGAAACACUCUAGGAGCUAGCUUAUAAAUGCCGAAUUCACGAGAGCUGAUAGCGCACUGACACUACCACAAGAGCCCACCACUGUGGCCUGCCUGCAUUGGCACACCGAUGUAAUCGUUUCCUGAUCACAAAGCAAGAAAUACAUCCGAGAUAGCAUCAGAGAGGCCUCAAUGAGAAUCACGUAUACAAC